CGGCGGGCGGGACGCGGCGGCGGGCGCGCACCAUGCAGUCCCGGCGGGGCCAGCGCUGGCUGCUCGCCGUGCUGUGAGGCGGCGGGAUCCCCCGGUCGCCGCACACCGCCUUCCUCUUGCCCAGGUGCUGCCAGGCGCGCUCGUCCUUCGUCCGGCUCCCGGACCCUGGUGGAACGCACGGCCUGCCCCCCGUCCUGCCCCGCCCGGAUCAUGCGGGGGGCCCCGGAGGAGGUGAGGGCGAAUGACCGGUCUGCGGCGACCUCGUUCAGGGGGCGACACCCUCUCUGAGACGCCCCCACCUGCUGCCAUGUGCUGCCUCCUCGGGUACCCAGCCUAUCGCCAAACUUUCCCGAUGCCAGCCUGUCUCUGAGUCGCGUUUCUGAGCGAAGUGUCCCAGAGACGGAGGGCCCAGGCUGGCUACGGACUAUCUGCUUCUCUCGGGAUCCUCAGAGAGUACUUUCCUUGGAAUCGGAGCCCUAACCGUCCCUCCCCAGCCCUCUCCAGCGAAGAGCUGAGCGCUCCCUACGGAGGCAGCGCCCUCCCGAAACAGUUUAUCUUUGGGCGGAUUUCUUUAAAAGAAAAAGAAACCAACAGGUUGCCAGUCCCGGCGCCACACAAGUCGGCGGAGAGGGAAGCCCGGAUCCCGGUUUCCCCUGCCUGAGCUGGCCCCGCGCUGGCUGCGGGAGACGAGGGGAGGGAGGGGGCUAUGGCUCGGCCUGACCCGUCCGCGCCGCCUUCGCUGCUGCUGCUGCUCCUAGCGCAGCUGGCGGGCCGGGCGGCGGCCGCCUCCAAGGCCCCAGUGUGCCAGGAAAUCACAGUGCCCAUGUGCCGCGGCAUCGGCUACAACCUGACGCACAUGCCCAACCAGUUCAACCACGACACGCAGGACGAGGCGGGUCUGGAGGUGCACCAGUUCUGGCCGCUGGUGGAGAUCCACUGCUCGCCGGACCUGCGUUUCUUCCUGUGCUCCAUGUACACGCCCAUCUGCCUGCCCGACUACCACAAGCCGCUGCCGCCCUGCCGCUCGGUGUGCGAGCGCGCCAAGGCCGGCUGCUCGCCGCUCAUGCGCCAGUAUGGCUUUGCCUGGCCGGAACGCAUGAGCUGCGACCGCCUCCCGGUGCUGGGCCGCGACGCCGAGGUCCUGUGCAUGGAUUACAACCGCAGCGAAGCCACCACGGCGCCCCCCAGGCCCUUCCCGGCCAAGCCCACCCUCUCAGGCCUGCCGGGGUCGCCGGCCUCGGGGAGCGACUGCGCCGCCGGCGGCCCGUCGGUGUGCAAGUGCCGCGAGCCCUUCGUGCCCAUUCUCAAGGAGUCGCACCCGCUUUACAACAAGGUGAGGACGGGCCAGGUACCCAAUUGCGCGGUGCCCUGCUACCAGCCGUCCUUCAGCCCCGACGAGCGCACGUUCGCCACCUUCUGGAUCGGCCUGUGGUCUGUACUGUGCUUCAUCUCCACCUCCACCACGGUGGCUACCUUCUUAAUAGACAUGGAACGCUUCCGCUACCCUGAGCGCCCCAUCAUCUUCCUGUCAGCCUGCUACCUGUGCGUGUCUCUGGGCUUCCUGGUGCGCCUGGUCGUGGGCCAUGCCAGCGUCGCCUGCAGCCGCGAGCACAGCCACAUACACUACGAGACAACGGGCCCUGCGCUGUGCACUGUCGUCUUCCUGCUGGUCUACUUCUUUGGCAUGGCCAGCUCCAUCUGGUGGGUCAUCCUGUCGCUCACCUGGUUCUUGGCGGCGGGCAUGAAGUGGGGCAACGAGGCCAUUGCGGGCUAUGCGCAGUACUUCCACCUGGCCGCGUGGCUCAUCCCCAGUGUCAAGUCCAUCACUGCGCUGGCACUGAGCUCCGUGGACGGGGACCCGGUGGCCGGCAUCUGCUACGUGGGGAACCAGAACCUGAACUCGCUGCGCGGCUUCGUGCUGGGCCCGCUGGUGCUUUACCUGCUGGUGGGCACGCUCUUCCUCCUGGCGGGCUUCGUGUCGCUCUUCCGCAUCCGCAGCGUCAUCAAGCAGGGCGGCACCAAGACGGACAAGCUGGAGAAGCUCAUGAUCCGCAUCGGCAUCUUCACGCUGCUCUACACUGUGCCAGCCAGCAUCGUGGUGGCCUGCUACCUGUACGAACAGCACUAUCGCGAGAGCUGGGAGGCUGCGCUCACCUGCGCGUGCCCCGGCCCGGACUCUGGCCAGCCGCGCGCCAAGCCCGAGUACUGGGUGCUCAUGCUCAAGUACUUCAUGUGCCUUGUGGUGGGCAUCACGUCGGGCGUUUGGAUCUGGUCUGGCAAGACUGUGGAGUCGUGGCGGCGCUUCACCAGCCGCUGCUGCUGCCGCCCGCGGCGGGGCCACAAGAGCGGCGGCGCCACGGCCGCCGGGGACUACGCCGAGGCGAGCGCAGCGCUCACGGGCAGGACCGCGCCGCCGGGCCCCGCCGCCGCCUACCACAAGCAGGUGUCCCUGUCGCACGUGUAGGAGGAGGCCGAGGCCGAGGGACCGGGAGUUGAGGGAGGGAGGUUGUUUUGUUUGGUAGCUUUGCCAAGGUCACUUCCGUUUACCUUCUUGGUGCUGAUGCCCCCUCCCGGGGCAAGUUGGAGAGAGGGGAAAGGGACCGUUUCAAGGGGAGUACCUGUCCCAGGACUUCUCAAAGGGGCUCAGCUCACGUCUGUUCUAUCUUACUGCCUUUUCAAGAGGAACCCUGUUUUUAAUUUAUAUGUAGUUUUCUUAAUUUUUAACUUUGUUGCAUUUUGGCAACAAAACUUACCUUUGCUUUGGGGGCUUUACAAUCCUAAAGUUGGCAUUAUAAUGAAGUUCCACUUGGUUCAGGUUUCUUUGAACUGUGUGGUCUAAAUUGGGAAAAUAUAUUUCCUAUACUUCUGUCUUUAAAAAUAAUGUGAACAGUGAAAGUUGCUGUGACUGGGAAGUUGUUCCGUGUGCUUUUCCAGGUUGUUUCUCCUUCCACUGCUUAAAGUGUCCAAGAUGCUUUAAGGUGAGCUGCUUGUCCCUGUUUAUAGUUCCUAAGUUAGGGGACACCCUAAGUCAUACCAAGGAGGGGUAGCAUAACGUGGUUAGGGCCUCCGGAAAGUGACAAGGUUAGGCAAUGUUUAGAGAUUCUAAUGUGUCCGUCCUAGCUUCGGUUAGCAAGCUUCGGUUUCUUUUCUGUAGUACUUGUAAUCAUUCUCAUCCUUAACAGUGCCAGCUUUGCUUGAAUAAGUUAGAGGUAGCAUUGCAGUGUCCGGAAUAAAUAUUUGGAAGAAUGCGAACCUAAGGGAUGGUGAUUGGUUGAACUUGAAUUCUAGACUGUUAAGAUGGCAGCUUUGUGCCCGAGGAGUGGGUGGUUCUUUCUUUUUUUUUUUUUUUAACAUCUUUAUAGUGGGUGGUUCUUAAUAGGCUUUGGUGAUCCCACUUUUUUAAACUUGUGUUAAAACUUUGGUAAAAAUAAACCCACUUCCUUCUUCUGGAAGGACUUAGCGAUAGUGCUGAAGGGGGUUCCUUUUUACAUUUAAGGACUAAAAUGGAUAUAACUCCUGUAAUUAAGUAAAUUUCCAACACCUCUCUUAUCUGCUCCACCCCCAUCCCACCUCCUUUAUCAUGUUAAACAGUCUUUUUGCUUUUCUUAUUCCUCCUCUCCUGGAGAGCUGUGAUUAGAAACCACACCCACCCUUGAAUGAGGUGCUUGAACUGGGGGAGGGAGGCUGGCUACCUGUGAACAAACACUGGCAGCGAUGAGGGAAAAUAAGUGUCCCUGGACUUUGGACUAGAUUACAGCCAGAUAUUCCAAAAGCAUCGAGACACUGCUCUCUGCGGCCUCUGGAAACAAAUGAGACCCAUAACACCCUUGCAUAAGCUUUUAAAACAUGGAUCAGUGUAGCAAAAGGAAAGCUGUUCCCCCCGCCCCCACUCACCUCAAUAUAUUUUUCUCUUCCUCCUCUUCUGAGAAAGCCUAUAUAGUGAUGAGCACACACUUCACUGUUAGAGAAUUAUGUUUGCUUUUCUAAUCUGUUGAACCAUUCCCUCAUUUAUAUAUGAAAGCCUAUGUAUUGAUGAAUACACACGUACACACACCACGCACACAUACUUUACUGUUAAAAAUUCUGUUUGCUUUCCUAAUCUAUUUAACCAUUCAUUCAAGAAGAGUGUGAGGCCAUUACUGGGGAAGGGGGUGGUGACAGUGCAUUGGCCAGCAGAAUACCAGUGACCAGGACUGAGUGGGAACUAAACUUAAGAAGCUAAAAUAGCAAAAACUAUUGAAAUUUGGGGAUGUCUCCCUAGAGAAACAAGUGUAGGGAUUUGCGCUUCAUUUAUACCAAAGUUGGAAAAGUCAGAUUUAAGCCCAGGCCAGUUGUUACAUUAUGGAUAUUAAGUAAACAAGUGUAUAGUUUCCAUAGUGGAUUUAAGCACUUUGCUGGUGGAAAGAAGCCUGGUGUUAUAGUUUUCAUGGACUUUCAAAAGCUAUUCACGUUUAUAAAAAUGCACUGCUCUGACACACUCAUCCCCUGAAUCAAAAUGUCAGUAUAUUCGACAAAACCUUGUACACAGCUACAGAACUUUUUGCACAUCUAAUUCCUCUACUUGUUCAGAAGCUUCUUAGAACCUUGAAAUAGAUCCCCUGCCCGAGGGCCAAUUCCUCUCUUGUUUUUCAAAUGAGGAACUUUUCUGAUCACCUUGACCUCUUCCCUCAGUUAACACAU